AUGGACAGCACUACAGGUAGUAACGAUGAACGGAAAGAUGACGUUCCCCGUCGCGCCAAAGAUAUCGAAGCGGUUGUGACACUGCCCUCGUACCUUUCACUCCAGACCGUCCUGGAUCCGCAAUCUCUUCUGAAAUUACAACAAGGCCAGAGUGAUGAGCGCCGGACAGAUCAACUUGAACAAAUUGGCGAAGGUUUCUGCGCUACAAUCUACGAUUUUGGAAGUACUGGCCAGGUCAUCAAACAGGCAAAGGAACUGAGGAAGUUCCCGGAGCUCUUGGUCGACUACCUCGCGCAUCAAAAGAUCUAUGCAGCCGGGCUGCACCUGGCGGUCCAAGUCUGCAUUACCCGCCCAGCAGAGUUCAUUGCACCCGCAGAGCUUGGCCAAUGGUACACUAAACACAGAAACUCGGGCAAGUUACCGGAUGAUCGAAUCCUGGUCAACAAGAACAUGGCGCUGCUCAUUUCCGAGAGAAUCCCUGCGCUGCCUCUGGAAAUUCGCAGAGCCCUCAUUGAAGUAUUCUGCCCACAGGAGCAGAAAGUGGCAGCACGCGUGAUCCGAAGAAACAACAACUGCCUUGCCCGAUUGUACCUGGGCCGGCGUCGACAGAACACCAGAGUCGAGGGAGCAUUCGAGCUGCGGAACUUUGAAAUGACGUUGGAUAAGAUGGAGGUGCUGCAAAUCGAUCCGUUGCAAUAUGUGGCACCCAUGGCAGAAGCUCUAGCAGUCAUGCAUUGGGAAACCAAACAUGAUGCGUUUGAUGUCGAAUUUGUACUCGCCUCGUCACCGAAGCCGACAACUCGGAUUGCAGAAUGGGCGUCGAUCAAGACGACCCGGGAACCCGUCGAUGGAUCCGAGUCUUCGCAAAAGGCUGUGCAGGUGUGGCUUCUGGACUUCAACCAGAUCGGAGAGAUCACCAUGGACGACAAUGGGGUGCGUAGGGCUGUAAGGGGGUUCUGGGAUAAUGAUCCGUAUUAUCCAAGGCCGACCACGAAUGAAGGGUUGCUGAGAACUACCGAGGCCAAGUUGUGGAGCAAGUUUAAGCAAGUAUAUCUGGCGACGUCAUCCAAGAUUCUGAAAGACGAUGUAUUGGCCAAGUCUUUUAUCGGGUUGGUUGAAGAGGAAGGCAAGACCAGAGCGGGAGGCGGUUCCCUUCUCCAGGCCCCGCCGAGGACAUCGACAUCUGUGGCUAUGCCGCUGCGAUCCGCUGGCAAGAAGAAGCAGAGGAACUAUGCAUCCCUCGAUGACUAG